AGGCCACCCACCACGACUGCGUUGAUCGCGACCGUCUGCCAGGGAAGCUUGCUAGCUAAUGAGGCUGUCGAGCAGACGACAGACAAUUGCCAGCGCCACACGAUGCAGCCUACCAGAUUACUACGAGCCGCCCACUAUGGCGAGAAGCCCAACAUCACGGGCUUCAACAUUAAGAAGUUUGUCGCUGCUGCCGGACAGCCGAGAUACGAUCCGUGGGAGGGCCGAGAAGCAUGGCGCUACAGAGGCCUGAACACUCGGUUUAAUCGGUUCAAGAGGUCGGUGCCCGGGUUCGGCAUCGCGACGGUGGCCUUCGCGGCUUACUGCACGUACGAGCACUUCUUCCUGCAGGACGACCAUGGCCACCACGACAGCGGCCACGCUGAGGAGAAGCACCACUGAAGUCCGGGGUGGAGGGGCGAGGAAGGCAGGGAUUGAGAGGAUGACUACUACCUCUGCUAGUGUAUGUACAUACUGGAAUCUUGGAACUGCAUGCGUCAAAUGGAUGGUACAAGGGACACAAAGACUCGGCCGCAAAAAACACACCCAUUACCUUCGUGCCGUGGAGAAUGCAGUGGUCUGAUAACACCAUCUAACCUGGUGCCCAUACCUGCUAUGUGUGACAUCAGUUAACAUCAGUUGAACAUGUUGAGCGGCCCGGCUGAAAGCGCCAACAGUCGAGCACCGAGGGCGGUGGCUGAGCUACUCGCAAAAUAUCGCCGUCAGAUUCAACAAGAUAGAA